GCCAAAAGCAUAAAAACACCAAAUCACACACAAUAAUAGGCAAACAAAUUAAAUUUAAAAUUAACAAUUAAUCAUUUAACAAAAUUACAAACCAACAAUUAUUCACCUCCACAAGACCACAACUCACAAAUUUCUAAAUACCCAAAAUUUCUCCACAAUAUAGCAAUCCAUUUUUCCUUAAAAAGAAAAAUUACUUCCUCAACCAUAUAACCCAGAAAAACGUCAAAUUCCAAAACCCCCAAAAACAAAAAUCAUCAAAAAAAACCCAGAAAAUUUGGAACAAUGCAAGCUAUCAAUCCUGAACAUCUGAAACAACUAAGACACAUAUUCGACCGAUUCGAUACGAAUUCCGAUGGGAGCAUAACCCAACUGGAGCUAGCCGCAUUGUUACGAUCUUUAGGGAUUAAACACACAGGGGAUGAAUUAUACGCAUUAUUAACAAAUUUGGAUUCAAAUGGUAAUGGUUACAUUGAGUUUGAUGAAUUAGCUGUUGCAUUAUUACCAGAUCUUAAAAAAGAUGAUGUUCUGGUUAAUCAAGAUCAGUUAUUAGAGGUUUUUCGAUCUUUUGAUCGUGAUGGUAAUGGGUUUAUAACAGCUGCUGAGUUGGCAGGAUCAAUGGCUAAGAUGGGUCAUCCUUUAUCAUACAAAGAAUUGGCUCUUAUGAUGACGGAAGCUGAUGUAAAUGGUGAUGGUGUUAUUAGUUUUAAUGAGUUUGCUUCUGUUAUGGGUAGAUCUGCUGUUGAAUUGUUUGGUUUAAAUAAUACUUAUACUAAUAAUGAUAUUUCAUAGUUGAAUUGUUUGGAUUUUGGAAGAAUUGAUCUAAGGUUGUCAUAGACAAGGUCGGAUCCAUGGCCCGUUAAUGUUGUUUAUGAACCGACUGCAUUCAACUUGUGUAUAAUAUUGUAUAACUAUAAAUGUUUUUAUAUGUGCUAGUUAACUUGGUAGGGGCUCGGCUAAGUGAUAACUUUAAAUAGUAAACUCAUUUUUAUAAUAUUAUUGAUAUUGUUUGAUUUUGUUCUAAAUCUGCCUCUCGUUGUAGCUGUUAUUGUCCUUCUUUGUUAGUAUAAGUUUAAAGGGUUUUGCGUUAACGAAACUUUUAAUACGU